UCGGCGUUACAAAGUCUUCCUGCCGGCCAUGCUACUAGGUGUAGAUUGGCUUUCCAUUGACUGCACACUCACAGCUUUCCAUGGAAUCCCUGAGUGCAGCCGUAACUAUUGGACUCGGGAUUUUCUUCUUCUUCUACUGCUUUGUCUAUAAGCUGAGGAGCAAUGGGAACAAUUUGAAAUUGCCCCCCGGACCACAUCCAUGGCCUGUUAUAGGGAAUCUCCAUCUCUUGGGAAACCUUCCUCAUCAGUCUCUUAUGAAAGUGGCAAAGAAAUACGGAUCCAUUAUGUUUCUCCGUUUGGGAUCCAUCCCCACUGUUGUGGUUUCUUCUCCUGCCAUGGCUAAAGAAUUUCUCAAAACACAUGAUUUGGUGUUUGCAACCAGACCUAACAGUACAUACGGGAAAUACGUAUGCUAUGAUCAUAAAGGAGUCGCUUUUAGCCCCUAUGGAGAGUACUGGAGGCACAUGAGAAAGCUGUUGACGGUGGAACUGCUCACAGUGAAGAGAAUCGAUUCUUUCAGAUUCGUCAGAGAGGAAGAAGUGUGUGCCAUGAUCGCCUCCAUUUGGCAGGAAAGCGGGCACGGAGCGCAGUAUGUCGAUGUAAAGAAGAGACUCUCCUCCCUUACUCAAAAUGUUGUCUGCAGAAUGUUUGCCAGCAGGACGUAUUCCGACAACGACCUGAAUGGAGGGCAUGGCUUCAAACAAAUGGUGGAAGAGAUGUUUGCUGUGGCCGGUGCAUUUCCAAUUGGCGAUUCCAUUCCUUCUCUGGACUGGCUCGACUUGCAUGGAUUCCGCCGUCGCAUGCAGGCCGUUCACAAAAUGUUCGACGGAUUUGCUGAAAAAGUAAUCGACGACCACAUUCAUCGUAGACUGGAAAAAGGAAAACCCAACGAAGAAGAUCGUGUUGAAGACAUGGUAGACGUGAUGCUCGGCAUGGCCGAAAUGGAGGACCGGAAAAUCUCACGUGUGGACAUCAAAGCCAUGAUCAUGGAUAUGUUAAACGCGGGAAUGGAAACAUCGGUGACAUUGCUAGAGUGGGCGAUGAGUGAAUUGCUGCGGAAUCCUGCAACGCUGGCACGAGCGCAGCAAGAGAUUGAAUCAGCGGUGGGCAGAGACCACAGAGUGAAUGAGAGUGACGUCAUGCGCUUAGACUAUUUGAGAUGCGUGGUGAAGGAAACUCUUCGACUUCAUCCGCCAGUUCCUCUGCUGGUUCCGCACGAGUCGAUGGAAGGCUGCAACGUUGGAGGAUAUUUUGUUCCGCCAAAGACACGGCUGCUUGUGAAUGUGUGGGCGGUGGGAAGGGAUGAAAACGCUUGGAAAGAUUCUCAUCAGUUUAAGCCCGAGCGGUUUAUGGGCAAUAAUAAGGACGUGAGAGGUCAGGACUUCGAUUUGCUGCCCUUUGGAGCAGGAAGAAGAGGAUGCCCUGGGAUUACCAUGGGUCUUUCUAUUAGUGAAUUGGCACUCGCUCAGCUGCUUCAUUGCUUUGAUUGGAGUGUGGAGGGCGAGGUAGAUAUGGAGGAAGAGUUUGGAUUAACUGUUCCCAGAAAAAAUCCGCUGUUCGCCUGUCCUAAAUGGAGGCUCACUACUGAAUAUCCUAGUUAAGCAUGUAUUAUCCUAGUUAAGCAUGUAUUCUAUGAAAGGUAUUUUUUCUUAACUUUAUAAGCUAAAGUGCUAGUUUUUAGUUACAUCCAAAGAUAUUAUACAUUUGUA